UUUUUAUUUCGUAAAAUUCGAAUCGCUCUGCGAAGGUUUUUCGUGCAAAUGGUCAAUCGCGAGAAGGAUUUUCCUUCCAAAGUGUAGAAAAUUUAAGCUAUUUUCCGAUCUGUGUAGUCUAUUUUGUGUACAAUUUCAUAGUGUUACCAACGAAAGUACCGUGAUUAACCAGUUAGUGGAUUUGACUGGGCGGAUUGCGUAAAAAUGAGUGUUUUCUUCCGAUCAGAGCGGGUCGUCUAGUGAAGGUUCUUGGCAGAAUGUGAAAAUUCAAGCGGAGGAGAGCAAAAGGUGUCAAGUUUGGAUCCUACACCCAACUAGCAACAAAGCGAACAAAUGGUGCAUAAAAAGUGAAAAUGAAUAGUCUACUGCUCCAGAUUUCGUCGUUCACGAUAUUUUUUGGCCAAUCGGAAGCGAUUCCCGUCCCAAAUCGCCCUUUCGGUGAAAGAAAUGUAGCCCUGUUUGGAGUGCUCACCUGUAUCGGAAUCGGUGCCGUCAUUGGCAUGUGUGUUUUCUGCAAGAAGAAAAAGGGCCAAUUCAAGAAGUUCGAAAAUGAUGGUAACAUAGAGGAAGUUAAAAAUACCGAAUAUCCUAUCCUGAAGUCGCUGAACUCACUGGAGGCCAAAAAAUCCGGUGCCAUAAUACCGAGUAGCCCAACUAAUCUAUCGACCGAUAAUCUUCUCGACCAAACGGUCCAGUAUCAAAAUGAAUCCGUUUCCUCUCAUGAGCUGGAUGGAAUCGAAAACUAUCACCUGCUGCAAUACCAGAAGGAAACGUACGCCGCCAAGACGCAAUCCGUACGCAACGUAGGCAAAGAAAGCACAACUCCGGAAGCGCCUAGGGUGGUCUUGCAUGGGGACGAUAACGAAGAUUCCAACUCCAACAUGCUGCUGUCGACCAGUAAAGAAUCGUUGAGCUCGAACUCUCCGCAUCCCGGCACUAAAACCAGCUACUCGCUUGAGCAAGAAACGGCUUCCCUGAAGAACUCAUCGGUUGGCUUUGGGGAUGACAAGCCGCUGAUUGACCGCUGCUCGACAGAUUUGGAAACGGGAGGUUUGGAAGAGGAAGAGGACGAUUCCGGUCCCAUGAACAUUUCGGUUCAACCUCCAACCCGGCUGGAUGAUGUUACGAUUAGUAUCAGCGAGCGAGGUACCAGUUUCUACGAGGAGGCAACUUCGGCGGCAACGACCGGAACGACCAAGGAUUGCGGCAUUCAGGAGGACGUCACCCCGAUGGAUAGUCUGGAGGACAAUUCAUCUGUUCACGAGACCAACAGCAUAGAGGAGGCUUUGCGGGCGUUGGAUUUCGCCAUUGAUGGGGAAGAUGAAAGCGAUGAUGGCAGCGAGGAUGAGUCCAAUUUCGUCGACUAUCCGGAAGAUACGGGCAAGGUAUCUGGUCAGAGGCAGGAAGCUGAAGCUCGGAACGAAAAUUUCAAUGGCAAGAAUUCAUCGUCGGACAGCGGUAUGGAUGAAAUUGAGAUUAGCGAGAAGGGGACCACUCCGGACAUGGUACUGCAUGAGUUGAUACGGGAUGAAGCCGCCAAACUGGUAGAUGAAGUAUUACUUUUAUGCCAAAGUCGAAUUGAGGAAAUCAAGGAAUGUGAAGAAAAGGAACAGCUGGAAGCGGAAGCGGAUAUAGUUCCGCUUCCGGACGAUGAUUUUAAUGAUUUCAACAGUGGGGUAGUACUAGAAUGUAGUACUCCUUUUGUCGCAAGGAGAACCUUUGAAGUGGCAAAAGAAGAUAUACCAAUGGUAAAGCAAGCACUGUUCUGUGAUGCAAAUGAGGAAACGUAUGUGAUGGAUGAUGGCAAUUCCACGACCAGUGAUACCAAACAACUCCCGGAAGAAUCUGAUAAUGCUUUUACCACUUUUACUAAGCCAAAUGUUACCAAUGUCCUUGAUGAUGAUGAUCACGGUGAUCUUGUGCAAAUCUACCCAGUGAAUGAAACCGUCACAAUUCCGCUGCCAAAUCCAUCGGAUACAUUUGUCCGUGAAGUGGGUGAUGGUACCUUGCCGGAAAUAAUGGUCGAUGCCAUGAUUCCGAUGGAUGAUGCUGCUUCCGACAAACCUACGGCCACACCGAUGAACACUCCGAUCGAGCUGGGCUGCCCCACUACCGCCGAUUGGGACCGAUGGCUAUCGGCGAGCGCAUCCAACGCGUGUGAAGCUGCCGGUGGAGGCUUGCAUCUGCCGGGACACGAUGAGGAUUACUUCAGUGGCCAUACAUACGACGAGGGUUGGUUUUUGCAUGCGCAACCGGGUUGUAGUAGCGGCGGUGCAGGCGGUGGCGAUGGGAAUGAAACGUACGAAGUGCAGGAAAACGAAGAUAAUCUGGAUUCGACGUACGAUUUGUUGCGGAAGCAGUUGGCAGAAAUGCUACCACAUGCGCAGGGUGCCAAGGAAGCCGCAGAAUGUUUUGAUGAAAAUGAUACCAGUCCGAAUCACUACGGAAUACAGUACGGAGAUCUGGACGAAGCCAGCAAUGCACCUUCAACAUCAACGGCGGCCAAGGAUAACGAGAUGAUCAUUAACUAUAAGCGAACUCUCUCGCCAAUCAUGGAGGAGAGCGAAGACGAAUCAUUUUAUAACAAAACGUCAUAUUACAAGGAAGCAUCCAAUUACGUGGAGAGCACCAGCACUGGAUGUAUGGAAUCUCUCACGGCAAUGGGAGUGAACAAAACGCUUAUGGCAUCAAACGAUACGCUUUUUAACUUUGAGGAUGUGCUGGACGAAAUUUUAUCACCGCGGGUACCAUCACAAUCGCACACUCCGACCAAUCGCGAUCGGGAACUUCCCGAUUAUUUUCUACGAUCUCCCCGUCACGAGUCGUUGUCUACGACAGCAUCAACAGCGACAACUGCGACAAUGGAGUCCGGUACCACCAGUAGUACCGGCAGCGAAGCCAACAGGCAACCACCAAAGAGCCUCGAAUUCGCACCCCAAUGGCCACGAGAUUCAUCACUCAGUUCUCCAGGUGAUCCCACUAGGAUCGAUUUCUCGCAAGAUUCCACCUUCACCCUAGAUGAAAAGACAUGCAUCUCUCUGAGCAAACCGACCAACGAGGAGGACGAAAGGAUUUCGGAAAUUUCCGAACCGAUCCUGGUGUCCUCGUCAUCGGGACUGAUCAAACAGCCACCGCAGGACGAUAACAAUAGCCUAAUGGAUGAGGACAUCGCUUCCAUCGAGGACGAUUCCUUCAACGAGAUUCUUGAGAAAGAGAAGCCCCUGGAGAACGAACAGUAUAAUCAUUUUUUAGAUCUACAUAGCACUGCGGCAGAGUCCGUACUGACCGGCCUAGUAGAGCCGCCUGAGCCCGAGCCAGAUGAAAAUUUUGAUCCUGCUUCUGCCGUCCUUGUAACCGCGGGCAGCACCGUCGCCACCGGCCAGAAGGAUGCGGUGCUUUUGCAAAACAAACUGAAUUUAGAAAAUACCUACCACAAUCGAGGCAUUACUGAUGAACAAGUAGUCGUAAUCGAAUCCAUUGAUCGGUUUUUGCUUAAGUCCAGGAAUGUUAGUUUGCCAGAAGACAAAAGUACAAAUCCCUUGGUUAAUGGUCACAUUAGUAGUGGUAAGCUAUCCAGUAGAUCUGAUGGUAAGAAUAUUUGUAUAAACUAUGAUAACUGAGCUAGAACUAUACAUCGGCAAUGUUGUAGAGAUUAAGAGGAAAAUAAUGGAACCUAAUAAAACAAAACUGUUAGAUAUUUAUUAACGAUUAAUACACUGAAACUGAAUAGACACUGGUUCUGAUUUACGAGAAAUUA